ACCACAUCCGUAUUGGAAAUUUGUUUUGCUUACGCUGGAAGUCAGAUUACCGAGGUUUAUUACCACAUAUGCGGAUCGUUGACGAACGUUUUUUGCGUUACAGGAGCAGUUUCUUCAAAGGAGACGGCCCUGCGUCACUACCUUGUGUUACUGUACCGCGACAGAGUAUAUGAGUGUAUUUUUCACAUGUCCAGUUUAUCUCAGACGGGUCGCUAAUGCUAACGUCAAUAGCUAGCUAGCUAACAAAGCAGGCUUUUAUGUCAAAAUACCAUUAGCCCACCAGGUUACUGUGUGUAAGUGUGGCGGACAUUUUUUUAAAGCCUGCGUUUAAUUAGCGUGAGUAAACCUGCAACAUGGGUUAGCUCGACCCCAAAAAACCCUCCCGCUACUCUUGCUGGUUCUGUAUUUCAACACUUCUUAUCUGUUAAAGCUAGCUAAGAUCAGUAUUCGGAGCCUUAUUGUCUCAGUUUUUCGGUUGAGGAUUCAGUCAUCAUAACAAAGACGUAAAUUACACACUUCUGAUAAAUUCGUCAGACAGAGAAACUGAUAGCCGUGGAGGUUUGAUGUGUUGGACUGUCACUGUCAGCGGGACCUCCCCCACAGAGUCAUGCUAUGAUGGUGCUGCGGAGGUUACUGAGAAAGCGCUGGGUGCUGGGAGUAGUCUUUGGGCUGUCUCUCAUCUACUUCCUCACCAGCACACUCAAACAGGAGGAGCGGACCAUACGGGACCGCACACUCUUAGAGGCUAGAGAUUCAGACCAUCGAAUCCCCUGGAAAGUCCGUUUCAACCUGGGCAACAGCAGCAGGCAGAUCACACAGUGCAGAAACUCCAUCCAGGGCAAGACGCUGCUCACAGAUGAACUGGGUUAUGUCUGUGAGAGAAAAGACUUACUUAUUAACGGCUGCUGUAACGUCAAUGCUCCCAGCACCAGACAGUACAUCUGUAAGAGCUGUCUUGCCAACGGCUGCUGUAGCAUCUACGAGUACUGCGUAUCAUGCUGCCUGCAGCCUGAUAAGCAACUUCUUCUCGAGCGCUUCCUGAAUCGUGCAGCUGAAGGUUUCCAAAAUCUCUUCACUGCUGUGGAGGAUCAUUUUGAGCUGUGCCUGGCCAAGUGUCGGACCUCUUCACAAAGUGUUCAACAUGAAAACACAUACCGAAACCCUCAAGCAAAGUACUGCUACGGAGAGAGUCCUCCAGAGCUCCUACCUGUAUGAGUGUCCACCUCUCAUCUUUGCUUUUGAAAGUACAAGAACUGCACUGGGUCAAUAAUUCAUCCAUAUUUGGACACUGAAUGGUGCUUGGAGAAGAGACUGUACAAGAUAAACUGCUUUCUCUGACGAUUCUGCCUUGAUUAAAAGAUUUAGACAUCCAGGAUCAACCUCUACUUGGACAAAUGCUGUACAUGAUUGGAUUAUUUUACACUUCAUAAGUGCAUUCAAGCUUCAUUCAUUCAUCAGUGAUGAUCAUCAGGUCUACAGCUGGCAGCUCAUCCCUCAGAAUCCGCCUCGAACCAGUCUGUCAUAACGUAGGCUUCGUCUAAAGGAAGGAAACAGCUGUUUUAUGUUGUGUUGAAUAUUUUUAAACAGCAAAGAAUGUGUCAUUACCAUUGUGUAUUAGUGCAUGCAUGUGAACUGCUAUUUAAUAAAAGUGACUGUGAAAUGGUA